AUGGCCAUCGAAUUCGCGCCGGGUGUGUUCCCGAUUCCACUGCCGGUGGAAGCCGUUUCGUUGCAUGCAAACCUUUCCCAACUGCCGUCCUGCGCGAUCCCCUGCGUCGCCGAAUCAUGUCCCACAUCUCUUCUUGCCUGCCUUUGCGGGACCGACGCGACCAAGGAGGAUGUCGACAGCUGCAUCCUGGCCUCGUGCACCCUCCCUGAGGCACUCUUCUCGAGGAAUACGACCGAGUCCGUGUGCGGGACCGCCGUCCGCGACGACUCGAUCCAGUUCAACAUGCUCAAUGUCGCCCUCGGAGCUGUCACCGCCGUCGUCGUCGGCACCCGCAUCCUCUUUCGCCUCUUCGGCAGCACCGGCGGCUACCGACACCAGCACCGGCUCGGUGCCGACGAUUGGACCUGCCUGUUGGCCCUGCUCCUCGGCAUUCCGAGCACCGCUCUCAUGAUCUUCGGCCUCGCCAAGCACGGACUAGGCCGAGACGUUUGGGGCCUGUCCCUGCCCGACGUGACGACCUUUGGCAUCUACUUUUACGUACUCGAGAUGAUGUACGUCCUGCUCAUGGCACUCGUCAAGCUGACCCUCUCGCUUUUCUACCUCGACAUCUUCUCCGAAAGCACCACUCUCGUUCGCCGCCUGCUUUGGGGCACCGUUGUCUUCCAGGUCGCUUUCGCCCUCGCCUUCGUCGUCAAGGUCAUCUUCCAGUGCACGCCCGUGAGCUACUACUGGACCAAGUUCGACCUCGCCGCCGACCCCGAGGGCCACUGCAUCGACAUGAACGCCUCGGGCUGGGCCAACGCCGCCAUCGGCGUCGCCGUCGACAUCUGGCUGCUGGCCAUCCCCUUGACCCAGGUUCGCAAGCUCAAUCUGCACUGGAAGAAGAAGGCGGGCGCGGUCCUGAUGUUCAUGACGGGCGCACUGGUCACCGUCGUGUCCAUACUUCGCUUCCAAUCCAUCGUCUAUUUUGCGAGCACCACGAACCCGACGUGGGACCAGCGUGGAAUCGUCUGGUGGUCGACCAUCGAGGUCAACGUCGGCAUCGUCUGCACUUGCAUGCCCUCGAUGCGCCUCGUCCUGCUGCGCCUGUCGCCUCGCGUCUUCGGCUCCGGCUCCUCGGUCGCAUCCUACACCGACCCGGGCUCGCGUCACGCCGACCGGCCGCGACACCACGACGACCUCGGCAUCACCGACGAAGAGCACGGCAUGAGGCUCGAGGAGCGUCAUCUCGGCAGCACGACCGAGCUAUGCAAAACGCCGGCCGUGGUGGAAGUUCACCUGGACGAGGGGGCGCAUGGCGACGACGAUCGGAAUCGGCAUCAGAAUAGGGGCAGGAGUAGGGGCAGGAGCAGCGGGGAGGACGACUGCGACCCGGAGGAGGUUGACCGUGCCAAGGAGCGGGCGGCCAAAACGCUCUCCAUUGAGCUGGGCGAGUGGAAUACCCGAAAAGGGUAG